AUGAGUUUGAUGGAACCCGAGGGAAGUGUAACUGAUACGUCUUUUGAAAGGGAACAGAAUAUGGAAACAAAGGAAAUAAUAAGCUUCGAGACAGAAAAUGGACAGAAUGUUGAUAUGGGAAUUGAAUUUACUGAUAAACACACCGACUACGCAAACAAAUACGAACAAUUGAUUGACAGUGCUCUCUACAAUGACAAAGAAGGAAUCACAGAAGAUGAAGACUAUCAGAAGCUGGAUUCCAAAAGGGGGAAGGAGAAACUCCCUAAUGAAUACGACGAGGUUCCAGAUGCUACCAACAACAAAGAUACAGAUUUAUUGUUUUCUAAUGCCAUUGAACUUGUAUCAGAAAAUCAUUCUUCAUCUAGCCCGGUAUUCGGCGCUAUCAAAAGUGGUACUGACCAAACCUAUGAUGUUGCUGAAUGCGAUGAGGGUACUGAUUAUGAUGAUGUGAUGAUAUAUAAAGAAACAGCGUCUCCUGCUCCAUAUAAUGACCAGAUUUCUGCCUCUCAAAUAUAUCUUGAAUAUCCAGUGGUUUUGAGUUAUGAGGGUGGUGAAUACCUUGGGUUCAGGAUGAGAUCAGGCUCACAGUUUGCAGCACACAAUCAAAUGCCCAGGGUUUUCGACGACGCGAAGAUAAUUUACCAGAAAAUGGAACUUUUUUUUCCUAGCCUUCGAAGCGGAUUCAUCUCGCUAGGAUGCCCUUUGUCUACUGCCUAUGAACUUGUAUUGGAUUUUCCAGAUUUAGGAUUGGCAUUAGGUGAGGACAAUAUUUACUGUAUGGAAGUGUGCUUUUCAGAUAUCGUGUCCUUGUUCAAUCGCUUGAAUUCUAACUCUUCGAAUGGUUCCGGAGUAAGUACCAUCAAUAUCAGAAUCACAACCAAGGCACGGUUUAGCAGCCAGUUCAAUAGAUUGCUUGAAAUUAUGAAUAGAGACAAAGGUUUUGAUGAAGUUCUGAAAUCUAGGACAAAGGCCCAAGGGGAACUUGACAAACAAAUAUCUCCAAGCAACCAAUCCGAAGAAAUAUAUAAAUCUAUGAGAGCCCAAGAAGUGGAAGUUAUUGAUCUACUGGAUAAUGAAGAGGGAAAACAUGAAGAUAAUGCAUUGUUGAUCGACGAUAUUGUUGAAUCAAGUGACAAAUUUACAAUACCUACAACGAACUCCCUGCGGACCAAUGAACUCAGUGAAUUAAAAGAAAAUGUCCCAGCUGAGUCUAGUAAUAGUCCUGAGUCCCAGAUACAUGCUGAAAUAGGUGAAAACAAACAAAAUGAAAUGGUUGAAGACGUAGAAUAUGACGAUAUUGAGGAGUGCUUGAAAAGUGACGAUGAUUUAUCAGCGAAAGUUAUUGAUGUAACAACAUAUGAUGGGAAUAAUCGUGAGGAUGCUUUAGCUGCCUUAUCAUCGGAAGAAUUAGAAAAAGAUAGGAAAUCAGAAACCCAUGAUCUCCCAGGAAAUGGAGUUGGCGAUGAAAUUGAUCCCUCAUCAUUCCCCAAGAAGCGCAACUAUGAAAAUGAUGCAAUGGAUGAAGGUCAUAUCGACGAUAAGAAGCCUAAAAUUUGA